CCACCCUGUCCCUCGCGACCUGGCCAAGCCGUCCGGGCCGCGGUCCCAAGUCCGGGCCCCGCGCCAUGGAUCGGCGCUGGCCCCUGGGGCUCGGGCUGCUGCUGCUCUGCGCCCCGCUGCCCCCGGGGGCGCGCGCCAAGGAAGUUACUCUGAUGGACACAAGCAUGGCACAGGGAGAGCUGGGCUGGUUGCUGGAUCCCCCAGAGGAUGGGUGGAGUGAGGUGCAGCAGAUGCUGAAUGGGACACCCCUGUACAUGUACCAGGACUGCCCAGUGCAAGAAGGCGGAGACACGGACCACUGGCUUCGCUCCAAUUGGAUCUACCGGGGGGAAGAGGCUUCUCGUGUCCACGUGGAGCUGCAGUUCACCGUGAGGGACUGCAAGAGUUUCCCUGGGGGAGCCGGGCCUCUGGGCUGCAAGGAGACCUUCAACCUUCUGUACAUGGAGAGUGACCAGGAUGUGGGCAUUCAGCUCCGACGGCCCUUGUUCCAGAAGGUCACCACGGUGGCUGCGGACCAGAGCUUCACCAUUCGAGACCUUGCCUCCGGCUCCGUGAAGCUGAAUGUGGAGCGCUGCUCCCUGGGCCACCUGACCCGCCGUGGCCUCUACCUCGCUUUCCACAACCCGGGUGCCUGUGUGGCUCUGGUGUCCGUCCGGGUCUUCUAUCAGCGCUGUCCUGAGGCCCUGCACGGCUUGGCCCACUUCCCUGACACUCUCCCCGGACCCGCUGGGUUGGUGGAAGUGGCAGGGACCUGCUUGCCCCAUGCACAGACCAGCCCCGGGCCCUCGGGUGCACCCCGCAUGCACUGCAGCCCCGACGGGGAGUGGCUGGUGCCAGUGGGACGGUGCCAGUGUCGGCCUGGCUACGAGGAAGGCAGCGACGGCAAGGGAUGUGUUGCCUGCCCUAGCGGCUCCUACCGGAUCAACAUGGACUCACCUCAUUGUCUCAAGUGCCCCCAGCACAGCACCGCCGAGGCUGAGGGGACCACCAUCUGUACCUGCGAGAGUGGCCAUUCCAGAGCCCCUGGGGAGGGCCCCCACGUGGCAUGCACACGUGCCCCCUCAGCGCCCCGAAACCUGAGCUUCUCUGCAUCGGGGACUCAGCUCUCCUUGAGGUGGGAGCCCCCAGCAGAUAUGGGGGGACGCCAGGAUGUCAGAUACAGUGUGGAGUGUUCCCAGUGUCGGGGCACAGCGCCAGAUGGGGGGCCCUGCCAGCCCUGUGGCGGGGGCGUGCGCUUCUCUCCAGGGGCCAGGGGGCUCACUGCCCUUGCUGUGCGAGUCGAAGGCCUGGAACCCUAUGCCAACUAUACCUUCAAGGUUGAAGCCCUGAACGGAGUGUCUGGGCUGGGCAGCUCCAGCCACGCCAGCGCCUCCCUCAGCAUCGGCAUGGGGCAUGCAGAGUCACUGUCGGGCCUGUCUCUGAGGCUGGUGAAGAAAGAACCAAGGCAGCUGGAGCUGGCCUGGGCAGGGUCCCGGCCGCGCAGUCCCGGGGGGAACCUGAGCUACGAGCUGCACGUGCUGAACCAGGACGAAGAACGGCACCAGAUGGUUGUAGAACCCAGGGUUUUGCUGACAGAACUGCAGCCUGACACCACGUACAUCGUCAGAGUCCGAAUGCUGACCCCGCUGGGCCCUGGCCCUUUCUCCCCCGACCACGAGUUUCGGACCAGCCCGCCAGUUUCCAGGGGCCUGACAGGAGGAGAGAUUGUGGCCAUCAUCUUUGGGCUGCUGCUCGGGGUAGCUCUGCUGCUCGGCAUCCUCGUCUUCCGUUCAAGGAAAGCACAGCGGCAGCGGCAGCAGAGGCAGCACGAUCGCACCACUGACAUGGAUCGGGAAGAUAAGCUGUGGCUGAAGCCCUACGUGGACCUCCAGGCAUAUGAGGACCCUGCCCAGGGAGCCCUGGACUUCACCCAGGAGCUUGAUCCAGCCUGGCUGAUGGUGGACACUGUCAUAGGGGAAGGAGAGUUUGGGGAAGUGUAUCGAGGGACCCUGAGGCUCCCUGGCCAGGACUGCAAGCCUGUGGCCAUUAAGACCUUGAAAGACACAUCCCCAGAUGGCCAGUGGUGGAACUUCUUUCGAGAGACGACCAUCAUGGGCCAGUUCAACCACCCGCACAUUCUGCAUCUGGAAGGCGUUGUCACAAAGAGAAAGCCCAUCAUGAUCAUCACAGAGUUUAUGGAACACGGAGCCCUGGAUGCCUUCCUGAGGGAGCGGGAGGACCAGCUGGUCCCCGGGCAGCUGGUGGCCAUGCUGCAGGGCAUAGCGUCUGGCAUGAACUACCUCAGUGACCACAAUUAUGUCCACCGGGACCUGGCCGCCAGGAACAUCUUGGUGAGUCAGAACCUGUGCUGCAAGGUGUCUGACUUUGGCCUGACCCGCCUCCUGGACGACUUUGAUGGCACCUACGAAACCCAGGGAGGAAAGAUCCCCAUCCGCUGGACAGCACCUGAAGCCAUUGCCCAUCGGAUCUUCACCACGGCCAGUGACGUGUGGAGCUUUGGGAUUGUGAUGUGGGAGGUGCUAAGCUUUGGGGACAAGCCCUAUGGGGAGAUGAGCAAUCAGGAGGUCAUGAAGAGCAUUGAGGACGGGUACCGGCUGCCCCCUCCUGUGGACUGCCCUGCCCCUCUGUACGAACUCAUGAAGAACUGCUGGGCGUAUGACCGCGCCCGCCGGCCCCACUUCCGCAAGCUGCAGGCGCAUCUGGAGCAAUUGCUUGCCAACCCCCACUCCCUGCGGACCAUUGCCAACUUCGACCCCAGGGUGACUCUCCGCCUGCCCAGCCUGAGUGGCUCGGAUGGGAUCCCAUACCGAAGCGUCGCUGAGUGGCUCGAGUCCAUCCGCAUGAAACGCUACAUCCUGCACUUCCGCUCGGCUGGGCUGGACACCAUGGAGUGUGUGCUGGAGCUGACUGCCGAGGACCUGACGCAGAUGGGAAUCACGCUGCCCGGGCACCAGAAGCGCAUUCUUUGCAGUAUUCAGGGAUUCAAGGACUGAGUGGCAAUACCCGCUCCACCAGCCCUCCUCAGGGAGCAAGGACGGGCCGUGGUCACCUGUGGUCACUCACGGUGCCCCUUCUCUCAACCUUCCAGACACGGGCUAUUGGUGCUGCUCCUGCCCACCUUCGGCAGAACCCUGCCUCUGGGCCCUGGAGGCCUGUUUGUUUUAAAAAGGAAGGGUGGCGGGUAGAAGUAAAAAGGCAAUGGCAGGAGGGAGGUGGGGAAGGCUUAAUAUAUAUACAUACAUA